AUGGAGAUUUUCAAUCUCUCAGGGUCCUUUCUCUCCAGUUAUGUGAUUACCAUCAUCUUCCUCUUCAAGAAGCCAACAUUGGCCUCAGGACAAUUCUCAGUGAUUGGACCUGCAAGACCCAUCCAGGUCCCACUUGGGGGAGAGGCAGAGUUAUCAUGUUACCUGUCCCCACCUCAGAGUGCUCAGCACAUGGAGGUGAUCUGGUUGCAAUCCACUCAAGUGGUUCAUCUCUAUCGAGAUGGGGAGGAUCAGUUUGGAGACCAGGCCCCUGAUUACCAAGGGAGGACAGAACUGGUGAGAGAUGCUAUUGCAAAUGGGAAUAUCAUCCUGAAGAUACGAGGCGUGAGACUCUUAGAUGCAGGAAGGUAUAAGUGUCUCUUUGAGGAUGGUUUUCACCAAGAAGAAGCUGAUAUGGAGCUGAAGGUCUUAGUAUAUUUUCACAGGUCAAGUCCCUGGAUGGAUGAAAUUAGUGGGAUCCUGGUUCUGACUUCUGCAUUUGAAAUUGAAAUGUCUAUUUAUUACAUGUGGAUACGGCACAGAUGCAGAGUUAUUUCUGCAACAUUAGCCCAUGUCCACAGUGGUCCUUUGUCUUCCCAGUCUCCCACCAUGUAG